AUGGUCCUCUGCCAGCAGCGAGUGCAGCAACCUGCCCGGACCCCGUGCCCCUUCGCUGGGUUUCUAAAGAAACUUCAACAGCCUCAGUUUCUCUCCAGGAAACAGUGGGGUACAUACAAACCCCUUAAAUCGAGCGAAGGAACGUGUGAUUCGAUCAUAUGCCCAUGUUUGGAAGCUCCUGGACUCCUAAGGUGCCUUUUUGUCUUGGCAGAUGCUUGUCUUGAAGACCCACCGAGUCUCAGAAACGCCAUGUUCAAGGUCCUCAGGUAUGAGGUAGGCACCAUGAUAAACUGUGACUGCAAGAAAGGCUUCCGCAGAAGGUUGCCCUUCAUGCGCUGCACAGGAAACUCCAGCCACUCUGCCUGGGAAAACAGAUGCCACUGCGACAGCACCUCCUCCCCUAAGACCCCAGGAAAACAAGUUACUCCUGGACUCAAAGAACAGAAUGAAGAAAAAACCACAGAAAUGCAGAGCCAAAUGCAGCCCACAGACCAAGCUAACCUUCCAGGUCACUGCAAGGAGCCUCCACCAUGGGAACAUGAACGUGAACCUUUGAAGAGAAUUUACCAUUUCAUGGUGGGGCAGACAGUUUACUACCAGUGCACUCAGGGAUUCAGGGCCCUACAGGGGGGCCCUACCAAGAGCACCUGCAAGAUGAUCUAUGGGAACAUGAGGUGGACCCAGCCCAAGCUUAAGUGCAUAAGUGAAAGGGAGAACAGUCAGUUUCCAGGUAUGGAGAUGUCCCCCGCCAGGUCCACCACCUUGCUGCUUCUGUCGGGCGGACCAGGCUGGAAUCCCUGACCCACCCGCUACGUGACCUUGGGCAAGCCUCUUCCUGUCUUGGGGCCUCUGUUUUUUCUCAUUCUAGAAAAUAGACUAGAUAAACUCCAAGGUCUUCAUCACCUGAGGUCCCCUGUACCCUGAUGGGGAUAAAUAGCAGGAGAUGGAAGAGGAAGAAAGGUCUUCCGAAGCCCCCUGGGUGCUACCUCACUGGUGAUCCUGCUGUCCCCUUUUCUAGCUGAUCCUGAAAUUUUCCUUCUGACUCUAAGCUACCAAAACUUCCUCAGUCAAAAAGGAAAGUCCACAUGCCAUGCACACAUUCCAACUUGCUGAUACAUAAUGUAAAUCUAUUAUUUGUGCCAUGCCACACCAUUAGCAUGCCCCCUCCUCUUGUGUGAGUCCCACCUGAGCUUUGCCAAAGUGCACACGUGCAGGGAAGGGACUUUUCAAGCACAAACACACAUGCACACGCAGGCACGCUCAUUCACACACACAGACAAGACACCUACGUUGAGGUCUUCUGCUAUUUUCAUUCUGAAAUCGUCUUACUAUUUCUACAAUCAAAAGUCACUUCCAUUUGACCCUACGUGUUAGUGGUUUCUUUGCUCACCCCCGCUUCCCAGACCCCACGUCUCCCUCUUGGAUCUUCUAGGGAGGCUGCUGUGUUUCUUUCCCAUAGCCUGAGCCCCAUGAGCCACACUGCACGCCAGGCGUGUCCACGAGCACUGGGGAACCUGUCACAGAGAAAAGCUCUCCUUUUGUGCAUUUCUACUUCAUUUAAUGGUUUGAUGGUAUUUGUAUUAUGAUGACCCGUUUCCAAGCCACAGAAGGAAACCAGAGCUGAGUAGGCAGCGUGGGGAGAAAGUUGCUGAGUUCUGUAGAAAGCCAGAGUCAGGGUCACAAAAUUCCCUCCCUCCUGCUCUGCUGCGGCCACGGGGCCACUUCGCUGUGACCCUAACGGGGAACCGAGAACUGAGACUCACACCUCAGCUAGUGCAUGUAGGGUCAGCUGAGGAGGCCAGGGAGGGGGUGGACAUGAGACCUCCUCUCCCUACCUCCUGUUCCACAAGCAUCCUUACUCUCUCCUCCAGGUGAUGAAGAGCCUGAGGAGAGCACGGCUGCUCCCCCUGGCAGUGAAACUUCUUUUCCCUUAACAACGAGGAUGGCAGGUACCACAGGUACGGCUGGAGUUUCUUGGAAGAUAAAAGGUUGGCUAUUAAACCAUGAUGCAGGAUAAGGGGAGGAGUUGGCCUGGAGCUGCCCGUAGGUGCUAGAGAUGAUCACACACCUGCGUGCAACCUCCCAGUCCUCAAACACCGCCAGUGUCAGAGGAGAAACAAGAUGAGGGCGGCACCUCGAGGCAGAAGAACGAAAUGAUCAAACGUUGGCCCCAGGCUCCCCUGGUCUCUCCUAGCUCUCCAGUGGCUUCCAAGCCCCCAGCCCCGAGAAGCCUGGACUCUCCCAGCCCUGUGCAGCCCCACGACCAGAAGUCACUAGCAUCCUUCUCUCUCUUUUGCACAGAUUUCCAAACACCCAUAGAAGUGGCUGCGACCAUGGAUACGUUCAUAUUUACAUCCGAGUAUCAGAUCGCAGGUGGGUAGUGACAAAACGUGCACCAGACAGAGACCAGGGGACGUUUGCUUGGUGGGUUGGUGAGUUGCUUGGUUAGUUACUAUAAACUAGCUCUUUACACUAUAUAAUGUUUAUAAAAGUCAAAGACGAAUCCAGAUAGUAACAUGACUCAGAAUCACAGGCACCGGUUGUAGUGAGUUAGGAGUGAGGUCUCAAACCAGCCUCAACCAGUGCCUCCCGACCAGAUCCUAGAGGACGACGUGUGAGGGGAGGCCAGGGUGCGGGGAUGUGGUGGAGGAGAGAAGAAGCAUGCCAUCAACACUCCAGGUGUUUCCUGGUGGGAGGCGAAAACGGGCUUUGAGAAAAAAACAAAACAAAGACCAAAACCGAGCUCUUAGAAACACAGCAGAAUGCUGGUGACCAGGGGCUGGGGGUGGGGUAAAUGGGGAGGCGGGUGUCAGAGGGCACAAACUUCCAGUGAGAAGAGGAGCAAGUCUGGGGAUCGAACGUAGAGCGUGGUGAUCACAGCUAACAACGCUGUAUUGCAGACUUGAAAGUUGCUAAGAGUAAAUCUGAAAUGUUCUUGGCCCAAAAAAGAAAUGGUAAUUAUAAUACAUUUUGCAAUGUGUAAGUGUAUCAAAGCAACACAUUGCACACCUUAAACUUAGACAAUGUUACAUGUCAAUUAUAUCUCAUAAGGGGAGGGGGGUGAGUGGAGAAAAACAGGCUUUGAGGCACAUCUAAGACACAUAGACAGAUGGACGUAUGGGUAACUUGACAGCUUCAGGACCACAGGAAAGCAGCAUCUGGGAAACAGAACACUUUCAGGAGAUGCUAAGUGUUUAUCAUGUAUCUUUUUUUUGUUUUUUUUGCGGUACGCGGGUCUCUCACUGCUGUGGCCUCUCCCGUUGCGGAGCACAGGCUCCGGACGUGCAGGCUCAGUGGCCAUGGCUCACGGGCCCAGCCGCUCCGCGGCAUGUGGGAUCUUCCCGGACCGGGGCACGAACCCGUGUCCCCUGCAUCGGCAGGCGGACUCUCAACCACUGCGCCACCAGGGAAGCCCUAUUAUGUAUCUUUAUAUUUCAACAUUUCUUUUACCCAUCGCGGGCCUCACUCACGGCCUCUUUAACUGAGGCCGGGGACUCUGAACCUUUCUGAAGAGGGUGCCUGUCAGCUGCUCGCCACAGAAAGAGUGGAACCCCCUGAGCAAAGGCUUGUGCCCUUCUAGUCCACACCCCCAGGCCCUGGUCCUGGAGCCUCCAGGGAAACUCUGCUGGGAGGGAGCCGCGUUCUGAAAAGGGGCGACACAAACCGCAGCGCUCACCUCUCCGCGAGCCCUUUGCUGGGGGUGGGGACGGAUCCAAGGGGACGGGCUCUCUCAGCCCCGAGGGCCCCCUUCCCUGACCUGCCUCUCCGUCCACAGUGGCCGGCUGCCUCCUGCUACUCAUCAGCAUCCUCCUUCUGAGCGGCCUCACCUGGCAGCAGAGAUGGUGAGUCCCGGGUGAGCAAGGAAGCCCCGCCCACGCUGGGGGGAGGGGGAGCGCCGCGCAGGAAAGCACCGGGGCAGGGACCCCUUCCCGCCGAGCCCAGCCCCUUCCUCCCUGACCACCAGGGCUUUGGGGUAAAGCAGAGGGAGAACUGGCCAGUGCACGCCUUCCCAGAGUCGACCCACAGAGUUACAGCCGCAGGGAAACGGGAAAUCCAAGGAAGCGAACAUCCACUGAGCGCCUACUGUAUGCCAGGGUCCAUGCUUAUCUUGCGAACAUUAUGGCAACCUGAAACCUUUGCUACGGCUCCGCAGGUUAAGGCAGGUUAAGCACCGUGGACAAGGUUGCACAGCAAAGGCCCAAACUGCAACCUCUGUCUAGUGCCCAGUACCUCUUUGCCCCUGUCACCUGGCAGCAGAGAACCAAGGGCAGCGUCAGCCCUGGUCCUCUCCUGCGCUCCCCACCCCCCAGUGCAGACGCUCACACCAGAGCCCCCUAGACCGGGAACCUGACGCACGCGACCCCACGUGUGGACUUAUUUGCAUUAACUCUCCCCGGCUGCAGAGGAGAACAGCCCGGUGAGAUUUUUAAAAUACCAAUGCUUGGGUGGGCCCCAGACAUCAGUACUUUUUUUUUUUUUAAUUGAGAUAAAAUUCUUCAUUUUAACCAUUUUAAAGUGUGUAAUUCCGUGGUUUUCAGCACUGUUGUGUAUACACCACCAGUAUCUAAUUCCAGAACAUUCCAUCACCCCAAAAAGAAACCCCACAUUUCCCAAUUCCCCAUCCCCCCCCAUUCCCUGGCCACCACUGAUCUACGUUCCAUCUCUAUGGAUUUGCCCGUUCUGGACAUUUCAUGUAAAUGGGACCAUGUACGUACUGUAUGCCCUGUUGUUACUGGGACGUUAGUACUUUUUUUUUUUUUUUGCGGUACGCGGGCCUCUCACUGCUGUGGCCUCUCCCGUUGCGGAGCACAGGCUCCGGACGCGCAGGCUCAGCGACCAUGGCUCACGGGCCCAGCCGCUCCGCGGUACGCGGGAUCCUCCCGGACCGGGGCAAAAACCCGUGUCCCCCGCAUCGGCAGGCGGACCCUCAACCACUGAGCCACCAGGGAAGCCCCACGUUAGUACUUUUUAAAAAGCUCCUCAGUCGCAUCUAAUACAUACACAUCCAGUUUAGAUAACCCCGAGCUGGACCCGUGGUUCUGAAACGUGAGUGCAUCAGAAUCUCCCAGGGGGGCUUGUUUUUUUUAAUUGAAGUACAGUUGAUUUACAGUGUUUCAGGUUUACAGCAAAGUGAUUCAGAUACAUAUAAAUACACAUAUAUAUACUUCUUCAGAUUCUUUUCCAUUAUAGGUUAUCACAAGAUACUGAAUAUAAUGCUCUGUGCUAUACAGUAGGUUUUCAUUGUUUAUCUAUUGUAUAUAUAGUAUCUGUUAAUCCCAAAUUCCUAAUUCCCUGUGGGCUUCUUAAAGCAGAGCCUGCCAAGCCUACCCCCAAAGUCCCUGAUUCAGCAGGUCUGGGGUAGGGCCUGAAAAUUUAUAUGUCUAACAAAUGCCCAGGUGAUGCCAAUGCUGCUGGUACAGGGACCAAACUUUGAGACCCACUGCACUAACAGUGUUAAGAAUCAAGAGAGUGAAAUCAUUUCUCGCUCACACACACACACACACACACACACACACACACACACACACACACACAGUCAGUCUCUCCCUCCCUUUAGACAGAGGACUAUGGAGACCUAGCUUGUCACUCUCCCCACCUCCCAGGGCAUCCCCUACCCCCUCCGCACCGAGUGCACUCUGCCAACCCUGAUAUAAACCCCCCAGAAGACCCUGAGAAGACAGUCUCACACACACACACACACACACACACCCCGCCAAGAACCAAAGCCUUCCUACACCCCAGCCUGCCUAGCCACAAAGAAAUCAUCGGAUUCCUUCCAUUCUUAUCUUGAUCGUCAGGCCCAUGAUAAACUGGUUUUCCUUGUGUCAGUUAAAAAGCACAAAUGAUUGCAACGCAAAGGAGAAGCCCUCUAGGGUUGUCGUGUUAGGAAUUAUUCGCAUACCCGGCAACCUACCAAUCCCUCUACGUGUUAGCCGAUUCCUGAGGCGUUUCUAUAGGAUUCCGUGAGAUGAUGCAGGUAAAUUGCCAAAGACGUUAUCUUUACUCCACACACAGAUCCUCUCCUUCCCUCACUGACAGGACCUAAUACCUAUCAAGGAUCUUUGUAUUUGGUAGCUUAAAGACCCAAACCUUCGGACACAAAGGGAUGAAGCUAUUUGGGAGUGGGAAAGGUUUGGACUUGAUGUUGUGAAACCAAGAACUGCCUGAAACCAUAUGAGUUUCCAAGAUCUCCCAGAAUUGCAAUCUUCCAGGAGACCUAAAACAGACACCUCAAACUGACCCAGAGAGCUGGUCCAAAAGCCUUCCUAGAAUUGAAUUUCAUCUGAUGGUGCCCUCUUGUGGCCAAACAGAAAUACUACAUUUGAUUUAAAAAAUUUUUUAAAGCAAUUACUAGGAGCUGACUUACCCCAGCUCCUGAGAGCCAAAAGCUACAUGUUCUGGAAUUUUGAGAACUGCUUUUAAGCAUAGCCAUUAUUAAAAAUUAAAGUAUAUAAACUCACAGUUAAAUAAAUUAUAUUUAAAACAAAGGCAGGGACUUCCCUGGUGGCGCAGUGGCUAAGAAUCCGCCUGCCAAUACAGGGGACACGGGUUUGAUCCCUGGUCCGGGAAGAUCCCACAUGCCGCGGAGCAACUAAGCCCGUGCGCCACAACUACUGAGCCGGCGCUCUAGAGCCUGUGAGCCACAGCUACUGAACCCGCGAGCCUAGAGCCUGUGCUCCACAACAAGAGAAACCACCGCAAUGAGAAGCCACACACAGCAACGAAGACCCAAUGCAGCCAAAAAUGAAUAAAUAAAUAAAUUUAUUAAAAGAGAAAACAAAGUUAAUAAGUACUCAAAAUUAAUCACUUUCUAAUUGUUUUACUGCAUUUUACUAUUUAUUCUCAGGGUUAUUUGCAUCUGUGUAUCUGUAUCGAGGAAAUACUAUCUAUAUGAUGGUUUUAUACUGCACGUCUCUCCCCAACUCUGUAUUCAAGGUAGCUUGAAACUGGGAGUGGUGGGAGUUUUUACACCAUGGAAACGGGCAGCCUUUUUCAGAGAGCUGGUUGUUAAACAUUUGCCAACACACCAGUUCUUGGAGCCUUGCCCCCAUGGGAGCUCUGAGCAAGUUAGGAAGUAACCAGAUGUUCCCACGGGCUGAGGAGGGGCUGGGGAAGUCUAGGAUUGUACUGUCUGAUAGGGUCGCCACUAGCCACGUGUGGAUAUUUCAGUUUAAACUUAAAUAAAUUAAAUACAAUUAAAAAAUCGGUCUACGCGUUGCACCAGCCACAUUUCAGGUGUUUGAUAGCCACACGUGGCCACGUUAUUGGACAACAUAGAUACAAAACAUUCCCAUCACCACAGAAAGUUCUUAUGGUACAGUGCCAGUUAGAAAACUAGGAGUUUUCAAUUCAUGAAAACCCCUUAGCACAGCUAGUUGGUUUUAUUAUUCCUUUUAUGUAGCUAUUGUCUUCCGUAUACUUCCAAAAAAAUUUGAUAGGAUAUCUCCUACGUAGAUGCUGGUCAAAGGGUACAAACUUGCAGUUAGAAGAUGAAUAAGUUCUGGGGAAUCUAAUGCACAACAGAGGUGACUAUAAUCAACAACGUUGUAUUAUAUACUUAAAAGUUGCUAAGAGACUAGAUCUUUAAUGUUCUCACCACCAAGAAGAAAUGACAGUUAUGUGAUAUGAUGGAAGUGUUAGCUUUAACACCACGGUGUUCAUUACAUCUCAAUAUAUAAAUGUAUCAAAUCAACACACGGUACACCUUAAACAUCCAACGAUGUUCUAUGUCAAUUAUAUCUCAAUUUUAAAAUGACUACAAGAAUAUCUCCUAUGUACCAGGCACUUGCCAGGGGCCUAAGGAUGAAUACGAAUGGACCCUGCUCUCGGAAGCUUACAAAUCAGUGGAGGAGAAGGGGAAAAAAAUUGAGACUUUAAAUGUAAUUUGUUAAAGCCUAAGAUUGAGGUGUUACAGGAACGAAGAGAAAGGACACCUAGUCCUAUAUGGGGACACCCAGAAGGCUUUCAGAGCUGAUACCAGCGGCCAGAUAAAGAACGGCAGGAGAAGAAGUAAGGCAGCCUGAAAGGCAUGAGGACGUCUGGGAGGUCUAGCAGUUCUGAACACUGGGGUGUAAAGUGCACGGGGCAGUGGUGACAGUGGUGCUGCGGGAAUGGCCAGGGACCAAGUCCUGGAAGAUCAGGCCGGACUGAGGAGCUCGGGCCCGAUCCUGAGGACAACAGCAAGCCAGAGAAGCUCGAUUAUGCGAUAAACGGUAGCACUGGCCCGCUGAACAGUCUGGCCACAAUAGAGGCUGGAUUUAAGGUGGGUAAUGGUGGUGGCAGUUUGAUUAUGUUACGAUGGAAUAAAUCCACACAGGGGACGAGGAGAGCAUGAACUAGGUCAGUGGACAUAAGUUAAAAAGGAGGAAAAGGACAUCCCUGGUGGCGCAGUGGUUAAGAAUCUGCCUGGCAAUGCAGGGGACAUGGGUUGGAGCCCUGGUCUGGGAAGAUCCCACAUGCCGCGGAGCAACUAAGCCCAUGCGCCACAACUACUGAGCUUGCACUCUAGAGCCCGUGAGCCACAACUACUGAAGCCCACGCGCCUAGAGCCCGUGCUCUGCAACAAGAGAAGCCACCUCAGUGAGCAGCCCGUGCACCACAAUGAAGAGUAGCCCCCGCUCACCGCAACUAGAGAAAGCCCACGCACAGCAACGAAGACCCAACACAGCCAAAAAUAAAUAAAUAAAAAAUAAAUUUUUUUUUUUAAAAAAAGGAGGAAAAAAAUCGAGAAAUACGUGAGUCAAGUUAGCAGGAUUUGGUGGCUGAUCAGAAGUGAGGGUUAAGGAAGAGGGUUGACUUGGGGAUGACACCAGAUGUUAGAGUGUUACGGGGGACUGUUGUCACUACACACUAGGAUGACAUGUAACGUGAGGGUCAUGUACCCCGUGGGGAGUAGCCCUGGAGCGGACCCCCUCCUGUAGCCCCUUCCCUAAGACCCACCCAGCCUCCACACCUGUAAUGGUCUGGGUCUCAGGCUCUUUCUCAGCCCCACUCACCACACAAUGAUUGGAUCAUCACGCUGUGAGGACCACGGGGCUGCCAGUCUUGACCUCUAGAGGGGUGGUCAGCAUGUGGGAAGGUCACAGUAUCCUGGGGUGGGAUUUAAAGUUAGAGGGUCAAUGGGGGCUUUUGUUGAAUGCUCCACCCACAUCAGUUUAGGGUGCAGACCACAUUCUUCUUGGUGCGGUAUUACACCCAUGACUAUGACUUGUUAUAUCACUACAGGAAGAAGAAUAGAAGGACAAUCUAGAAAACCAAGGGCAGGAAGAAGCCAAGAAGAACCCGCAGAUGUCAUGGACCACAGUCAAAAUCAAGGCAGCUAAACACUCAUCCAAGAGGCAUCUCCUGAUCCCAUGGGUUCUGGAAAGCUCUGAAGUCACAUCACAGGACACCAGGCACCUGCAACCCCGUCGUGAAGCCAGCUCUGUAGUAUCAACGAGUGAGCUUGACCUGCACGUAGGCAGCAAGUCCAAGGUCACUGGAGGAACGGGGAGGAAAAACCAGAACUCUUGGUCCUAUUUUCAUGUGUAUGUGUUCAUUAAAGCAUGACCGGCAUGGAACUCUCUCCAUACCAUGUAUAAUACAAAGAAGAGUAGCUUCAUGCUAAGUUCAUCCCAACUUCCCAGUUUAGAAAUCCCAAGGAAAACCCUAGCACUAAUGUAAAUAGACACACACGCUCUCUACCCUAUGUAACUGGACCUUGUUCCUCGGUCCACAUAGGUCCUUUCCCAGCCUCUGGUUGACUAGCCCAUUCUCCUGAUCACAUCCUUUAAUGAAUGCCCCCUAAGAACUCUGGACUGGUAACUAGGAAUACUUUUGACCUUAGCUCAGUGCUCUAAACUAGCCCCCCUCCACUGAACCUUCAAUUCUGAGUUUCUAAAGAACAGAGUCCAUGGGGGAAUAGUCUUUGGGUAAUACCAAAAGAGGGCAACCAAGCCCUUGGAACUGUAGAGCUUCAAUAUUUGAAAAGAUUUCACUGGAGUUAAUGUCGGGAGAAGGAGGAUAAGCUAGGUCCUAGGAAAUGGAUUAUCCCGGUCCAAAAGCUUCAGCUGUACACGACUGAUGGGCCACUUCAAGAGUUAGUUUCUCUUGGAUUGCUAUAAAUGAUACUCGGUGUUUGGCCAGCACGAAUUUGAUGUUUACAGACAGACACACAAUGUGCAAAUGUGUACAUUUCCAAAGAAGUGUCAUAAAAACACUGAUAAGGGAGCAAUACAUUCAAUGUUCAUGGAAGGAAAGAAAGAAGGUGGGGGGGGAGAGCAUGUAAUUAUGGACAAGGUCACACCAGUGAUCCUCAAACUGUUAGCACAACGUUGAGCAAAUCAAAAUCACCUGGAGGCCUUGUUAAACCAUAGAAGGGGGGACUUCCCUGUGCACAGUGGUUAAGAAUCUGCCUGCCAAUGUAGGAGACACGGGUUUGAUCCCUGGUCCGGGAUGAUCCCACAUGCCGCGGAGCAACUAAGCCCGUGCACCACAACUACCGAGCCUGCGCUCUAGAGCCCGCAAGUCACAACUAUGGAGGCAGAGUGCCACAACUACUGAAGCCCGUGCACCUAAAGCCUGUGCUCCACAACAAGAGAAGCCACCACAAUGAGAAGCCCAUGCACCGCAAGGAAGAGUAGCCCAGCUCUCUGCAACUAGAGAAAGCCCGCAUGCAGCAACAAAGACCCAAUGCAGCCAAAAAUAAAAAAACAAACAAAACAAAACAGAACAAAAAACACGGAAGGCUGGGCCCACCUCCAGAGUUUCUGAGUUAGCAGGUCUGGGGUGGGGCCUGAGAAUUUACAUUUCUAACAGGUUACAGGUGAUGCUAAUGAUGCUGGUCCAGGGCCACACUUUGAGAACCACGGGGUUUAUGCCCCCCACCCUCAACUCUCACUGGAAAAAUCAGCCUCAGGGGCUGAGAUUUCAGUGCAGAUUCAGACUCUUGCCAAAAAUCUCAAUUCUCAAUCAGUUGACUUAGAUGUCCAGGUUAAACAAAAAUCACAUAAUGAAGACUAAUGAAAAAUUUAAAUCAGCAGCCAAUUUUCAUUUCUGAAAGGGCAGGAAAAUGUUACGAAAAAAAUGGGCAGGAGUCAGCAGGCCCAUAUCUAGAUUAAAGAACGGUUUUCUGUCCUUUCUGUGACCAACCAAGUACCAUCAGUUUCCAUCGUCAACAUCCCCCAAGUAUAUGUUUUCUGGGGAAACUAAUGUUAAGAGGAAUAUAAGACCAGAAAAAAAAUUUUUUUAAUCUUAUUUAUCUUACUUGAAUAAAAUUGGAUUAUCAUUACUCAUUUUGGGGGAGGGAGGUCUAUGAGAUCAAAAUUUUUUUCAUAAUACAGUUGACCCUUGAACAACACGGGUUUGAACUGCACGAGUCCGCUUACACGUGGAUUUUUUUCUUUAAAGGAAAUUCUACAGUGCUACACAAUCCAUGGUUGGUUGAAUCCGUAGAUGCAGAAUCAGGGAUACAGAGGAACCACAGACACAUAGGAACCAUGGAUAUGGAAGGCCGACUAUAACUUACACGUGGAUUUUUUACUGCACAGAGGGUCAUUGCUCCCAACUCCAGUGUUGUCCAGGGCCAGCUGUGAUUAAGAUGUUAUUUACCUUUUUCACUCUCAUCCUCUUACAAAUGUAUGGUGGAGUUUUCCAGAAGCUACAUGAUAUGUGAUGACAUCAUCGCGCUGGUGUUAACACAUAAUGAGUUUAUUACUGCUGUUUAUAGAAGAAUUAAUAAAUAAUAUUUUUUAAAUUUCCUGGUUUUAGUGUCUAACUGUGAUAAGUAUCACUAGAUGUAACUACAUAACAAAGUUUUGAGGAGCCUCAAUACUUUUUAAUAAUAUGAAGAGGUCCUGACAGAUGGCUAACAAGCACAUCAUCAUUGGUCAUUUCAGAAAUGCAAAUCAGAUAUAUAUAUAUAUAUAUAUGUAUGUAUGUAUAAUGGAAUAUUACUCAGCCAUAAAAAAGAAUAAAAUAAUGCCAUUUGCAGCAACAUGGAUGAACCUAGAGAUUAUAGUACUGAGUGAGGUAAGCCAGACAGAGAAAGACAAAUAUCAUAUGAUAUCUCUUAUAUGUGCAAUCUAAAAAAAAAUGAUACAAAUGAAUUUAUUUACAAAACAGAAACAGACUCACAGACAUAGAAAACAAACUGAUGGUUACCAAAAUGGGGGGCGAGGAAUAAAUUAGGAGCUUGGGAUUAAAAUAUACACGCUACUAUAUAUAAAAUAGAUGACCAACAAGGACCCACUGUAUAGAACAGGAAACUAUAGUCAAUAUCUUGAAAUAACCUAUAAUGGAAGAGAAUGUAAAAAA